AUGGCGGUGUUCAAAAAGUUGCGUAAGAACAAGGACAAAAGUUUGCCAUUGCCAGAGCCGGAAGCUGUCAAACCGCUGGAUAAGAGAGUCGGAAUUGAGUCGUACAGAAAAAUUGAACAUUGGAUUUUUAGUUUCCAGCUCGAAGGGAGCAAGUCUAGAACUCAAAUAGAGAGAAUUCUAAAAAAAUUUAAAAAUAAAAAAAAGUCCUGA